AUGCGCUUCCCCGUGAAGAAAAUCCGGAAGCAGUUUAAACUCCUGUUGCUGCUGGUCCUGCUCACUCUUUCCAUCUGGUUCACAUACGUGCACAUUAAUCUGGGCAAAGCCCUCAAACUCCACCUCAGCUAUGGCAAAGAUGUGGAGAGACAUACAGAUGGAAUGGAGUCUAAUCAGAAGAAGGAUUCCCACUCCUCACCCAGUAUUCCCAGCCGUAACACCAGAGACAAACGAGAGGAGGAGCAUGGGGAAGAGUCCAGUGAAAAUGCAUAUGAGAGUACCACCAAGACAGACCUGCUCAAACUACUCAGCCAGAAGCUCACCAGAUUGCCAUGGAAACCAGAGUAUAAAGGCCAGGCUAAUCUUCAUGUGUUUGAGGACUGGUGUGGUUCUUCUGUCUCUCAGCUCAGGAAGAAUCUCCACUUCCCUCUCUAUCCACAUACCAGAACCACUGUGAAGAAACUGGCAGUGGCUCCAAAGUGGAAGAAUUAUGGCCUCAGAAUCUUUGGUUUCCUUCAUCCUUACAGAGACGGUGAUUUCCAGUUGUCCAUCUCCUCUGAUGAUAACUCUGAGCUGUGGCUGAGCUCAGAUGACAAUCCACUCAAUGCCAGACUGGUGGGGUCUGUGGGACCCAUUGGCUCUGAAUGGACUGCUCCAGGGGAAUUUGGCAAGUUCAGAUCUCAGUGCACCAAACCCAUACAUCUUGUGUCUUCGAAGAAGUACUACUUUGAGAUUUUACACAAGCAGGAUGACAAGGGCUCAGACCACGUGGAGGUCGGGUGGAGACCCUUCUUGCCUGGUCAGAAGUUUGACAUCAUAGACUCUGCCUACAUUUCUUUGUACACAGAUGAGUCCAGUCUGAAGAUGAACAGUGUCAGCCACAUUCCACAGACACUGGCCAGUCAUACUCACUUUCCUCAGCAGAGACACACACACAAGACACACGCGGCAGACAUGUUGAAACCAGACCCCAGAGACACCCUCUACAACACUCCUCUGAUCGAAUCAUCCAGGUUAGAGAGUGUCCUGCCAGUCUGUCUCUACUCCCCAACUUACAUAGUGAAGGAUUUCCCUAUUGCACGAUACCAGGGCCUGCAAUUUGUGUACCUGUCCUACAUUUAUCCCAACGACUUCACCAGACUGACUCACAUGGAGAAAGAGAAUAAAUGUUUCUACAGAGAGUCACCCCUCUACCUGGAGAAGUUUGGCUUCUAUAAAUAUAUGAAGAUGGAUGAGAAAGAUGAUGACAAGUCCAAUUUCUUGCCCAGCCCUGAUGAAUUCUUUGAUGAGGAGGAAGGUGUUGAUCCAGAGGAUGAAACACUAACAUCUGACAACCAGCCAAUCAGGAGAGCUUUUAAUACCAGACAAUCCAGUCAGGCAUCACAGUCCAUGAUUAGGCCCACCCCUACAACAGCCUACCAGGCAGACAAGGAGAGGAAGACUGACAGCUUAGAGCAACAAGAAGAACCUCUCUUCCGUGCAAGCAGAAGACAAAAUGGAGAUAGAGAAAGACAUGUAAAAAAAGAGAAAAGAGAGAAGCAAGAUAGAAAAUCUCAGCUGAAAACGUGGAAGGAUGAAAGGAGAGAAAGAGGAAAGGAGGGCCUAGAUAGAGACACUCUGGAGACUCAGGACAUUUCUAGGAAUAUCCAGGAGAAGAAUCCAGAGAUUAAUGACCCACAGAUAUCUGCUCUCCCCAGGCGGCAGACUUUGGCAUUGUUUCAGAACCUGAGCCCCGAGCAGCUGAGCAGGAGAAAGGCAUCUGGAGCUCUCAGCCUCCCUAAACUAAGCAGGACCCCUUUCAGUUUUCCCUCAAAAAACUCCCUCUACACUUUAGCCAAUCGUAUUCUGAGUAAUUCUGCAGAAUAUAGCCCCCAGGCUACAGUCUUGUCCAGUCAGAAUAGAGAAAAUGACAAAAGCCAAAGCUAUAUCACUAGACCCCAUUUACUGGACCACAGAGCGCAAGAUGCUCCCAGACCCACUGUGGAAGUCUUUCCAGGAGUCUUCCUCUCACCAAACCACAAGAGUAACACACUCAUUAACCUGCAAUCCAAUUUAAGACGCUUUCAAAGGGACUUUUGGCACCACACACUGUUCAUAGACCAUAAACCCCCCAAACAACCAGUGCCUCUGAAAAACAGUCAUCCCUCAGCACCCACGGAAACACAAGAAAUUUUUCAUUCGUCUCUUUACAAAUCAAAUAGCACCACACCAACUCCAGACUCCGACAGUUUGCCUCAGUCAAGCCACGAAAAGUCACUGCUCCCCGGGCUGGGUCCAUCUCAGCAAAGCACACCCUCAGAAAUGACAGAGACACAGGAGGUUUCAAACGCACCAGACUCCCAGCAGAGGCAGGCUCCUGACCGUAAUGAGGGGGGCCUUUCAGAAUACAGUUAUGAAGGAGCUGAGUCCCAACCUGGCAUGACCGAGGAGGCGAUAAACUGGCAGAGAACGUUCAGUGUCAACCCCAUGGACUUUGAGCUUCUGCGCUCAGACUGGAAUGAUCUGAAGUGUAACGUGUCAGGAAACCUACAGAUGCCGGAGGGGGAAGUGGUGGACCUACUCUCUCAGUAUAUGGAGAAACUGAAUGAACGCAAUGGCGGAAUCUACAGUCUCCUUCGUAUCAUUAACGUAGAGAAGCGUAGAGACUCUGCCAGGGGGAACCGUUAUUUGGUGGAGAUGGAGUUGCUGGAGGGAAGAGAGAAAGUAGUGCGCAUUUCUGAGUACAUCUACCUCUUGCUCCACCACAGCGGGCAUGAAGACGGCAUUGAGAGCAGAGAGGGCACCACCCUCUCCAGCCACUCUGGUCCAUCCAGAAACUCUCUGCCCAAUGGUACCAGUGCCACGCCCCAUUCCACCACACAAUGGGCGACUAGUUAUGCCAAGCCCCUUCUCUGCCAGCCUGCCAUGUUACAGUGGAGACAUGAUGUUAUGGUAAACAUUGUAGUGCCAGUGAAGAACCAGGCACGGUGGGUCCAACAGUUCAUUUCUGACAUGGAGCUGCUCCACCAUCAGACCAAUGAUAAGAACUUCAACAUCAUCAUCGUCGACUUUCAGAGUGAAGACAUGGAUGUAGAGUUGGCCCUGCGUCAAAGCACUGUGCCCAGAUAUGAGUAUCUGAGGCGAGAGGGAAAUUUUGAGAGGUCGUCUGGCCUGCAGAUGGGAGUCGACUCCAUAAAGGACAGCCACAGUAUUGUGUUUCUGUGUGACCUGCACAUCCACUUCCCUGUUACUAUACUGGAGAGCAUCAGGAAGCACUGUGUGGAGGGCAAACUUGCCUUUGCCCCCAUUGUCAUGCGACUGAACUGUGGCUGUUCACCUCUGGAGCCUGACGGGUACUGGGAGGUGAAUGGCUUUGGCCUGUUUGGUAUCUAUAAAUCGGACUUUGAUAAGAUUGGAGGGAUGAAUACAGAGGAGUUUAAAGAGCGAUGGGGUGGAGAGGACUGGGAGCUGCUGGAUAGGGUUCUUCAGAGUGGUCUAGAGGUGGAGAGACUCCGACUGCGGAAUUUCUAUCACUACUACCAUUCCAAACGUGGCAUGUGGAACUCUCCUAUGAAGAGGACUUCCAAGGGAUAA